UUCCGACAGAACGUGGUUUCAUGAUACCGUACACUAACAGAUUUACACUGCCUUAGGAAAUAGAGCACUUUAUUCAGCAUUACAAAGACCUUAACGCUGCAUCGAGCUUGCUUCAUGUUGAGAAACGUUCAUUAACCGAGAUUUCGUUCAUUAUUUAAACUAUGCCGAGUCACAGAUCAGAUCGGGCGCAUAGAGACCAAGAUCACAGUCACAGGGACAGGAGGGAGCGAGAGAAGCUAACUCGUGAGGAAUCGGGAAGCCAAGAAAUCUUAGAUGAAGGAAUUAUACAAGUUCAGGUGAUCCCUCAGGAUGAUAACUGGGGCGAAACAGCCACUUCAAUCACUGAAACAGCAACCUCGAUUGUCACUUUAAGCGAGACUUCACUUAGCGAUGUUGGAAAAGAGAGACGACGGAUGCCAUGUAACUUUGGGCGCCAUUUUAAGCUGGUCCCGGCGGCGAUUUUGAGCAUUUUUGCUGUUGCUUCACCGAUUCUCUUCGUUGUAUUUCCCCUAGUUACGUGGAAGCCUUCACUCUGUGGCUCUAAAUGUGAUGGGCUCUUCAUCAGCUUCACAGUUAAAGAACUGUUAUUGAUGAUAGCAAUCUGGGCUUUGUAUUUCAGAACAUCGCGCGCCUCAAUGCCGCGCGUAUUUGUUCUACGAGUUGCAAUGAUGGUGUUGGUUUUUGUGGUUCUUGUGUGCUACUGGCUCUUCUACGGCUUACGAAUCAUCGAAGCUCAAGUGACAGACUUUAUGGACAUCAUUAAUUUUUCAGUAACCCUGAUAGAUACUCUAUUGUUCCUUCACUAUGCUUCUUUAGUGGUUCUCUGGAUCCGUCAAACCGACCCCCUGUUUACAUUGAAAGUAAUCAGAAGCACUGACGGAGUGAGUAGAUAUUACAACAUCGGGCCUCUGUCGAUUCAGCGCACUGCUGUGUUUGUGUUAGAGCAGUACUACAAGGAUUUCCCAGAAUAUAAUCCUUACAUGAUGCAAACGCCCGCGAGGACAGCGCAUAAACAGUUCUCCAGUCUUACGUUCUACGAUAUUGACGGUAAACCUAGUGACAAAGUUAAUCCGCGAGCUAAGGCAAUCUUGACGGCUGCUUCUACUCGUAGACGUGAUCCUGCCAGAAAUGACCGCUUUUAUGAAGAAGCUGAAUUCGAUAGAAAGGUCAAACGACGAAAAGCGAGAUUGUUCAAUGCAUGCGAAGAGGCGUUCGGACACAUCAAGCGCGUUCAACUUGAACGCGGCCCUUGUGUUCCAAUGGAUCCCGAAGAAACCGCACAAUCGCUCUUUCCGUCUUUUGCAAGGCCACUUCAGAAAUAUCUCCGAACUGUACGACUUCAUCAUCGCUACUCAAUGGAUGGGAUCAUUAAGCAUCUCGCCCAUUGCUUGACAUUUGACAUGACGCCGAAAGCCUUUUUGGAACGUUAUGUGAGCGAACAACCAUGUUGCGAGUUUACAACAAAGCGGCGAACGCAAAACUGGAGUUUAGUAUGCGAAGAACAAGUCACAAAGCCGCUAUCUGCCUCGACAGUGUUUCAACUUAAAGGCGAAGACCUUUCAAUUAUAGUCACUGUACGUAGGCUACCCUAUUUGGACAUUUCGGAGGACGAGUUUGAUUUUGAAAACAACAAAUUUGUGCUAAGACUUAACUCUGAAACUUCGGUCUGAGCGAUGGAUUUUGGGGGGAUCGAAUCCGCCAAAAUGUGAUUUAUAUUUUGUACAUAAACUAAUUAUUGGUCUGUUUUUGCUACGGUACUUUACUUUGCUCUCCAAGAGAGGAAAAUAGCAACAAACUUUAAGUUAAGAAACUUCUAAAUGGCGUAAACUUCCCCAGCUUCCAGCGGAAUGUUUAUCCGGACAUGAUAAAGUGUGUAGUAUAUUGCUUUUCAAUUCGCUCUCUGGCUGUUUUUAAGUGCCUGCGAAAGACGAUCAUCUUGUAUAGAGUUUCUUGUCAAGUUCAAGAGCCACAAUCAAACAGUUAUUUUCUUUAGAAUUCUGUACGUGCUGAAAUGUACAAAACACCCACUGUUUUGUCAAUUGAACGUUUUCUAAUAGAUUGCUUGAAUAAUGAAAUAGAUUGGCCUUAGUUUUUGAAAUAGAUUAACAAUUGAAAAAAAUUAGUCUGAUGGUUAUCGUUUGCUCUUUAGUGAUAUCCGAAAUUCCAGGUUUAAACUAUUCAAUAGUUACGAAGGUGCAUUUUAGUAUUGUUUCCAAAUGUUGUACUUCAGUGAUAUUGCUAGCUCUUAACAAAGAGUUAAUGCUGUUUCCAGAAAAAAUGCCCUUUCGCGGGCUAACCUGUUGCGUUAAUGGAAUUAAAAACCUGAGUUAAUU